AGGGGAUGGUAGAUGUCAAUUAUCAGCUGCGACUGAACCUCUUUGAUACAAGCUACUCCCAUUUCUUUGGCAGAACAUUGAAGAGUUCUGCCCGACCCUUGAAGUCUGCCCCAGGCCAACCAGCCAAAGUGCUCUUCAAUGAGGCUGUUUACUUGCAAACGUUCUUAAACUACACCCACAUUGUGAUCAUUGUGGAAGUGGUGGCUUUUGUGAAAAAACGUGACGGUACUCAAAAUGUCCUCUCGUGUGGGUUUGGCAUUCUCCCCUUGAACAGCAGGCAGCAACCCACAUCAGAUACCACCCAGCCUCAGGUUAAAAGAUUGAAUCUUUAUCAUGGAACUCCAAGGGCUUUGCUACAUCCAGAAUUGAAGGACCCCAUUGAGAAGAAUAGGUUAAUGACCUUGAUUGAAGGCAGCCAUAUUUUGUACUUGCUACGGACUCAUCCUGCCUUGGAAAAAGUUAUGCACCUCGUCCCAGAAAACAUGUUAAUCUCUGGGGUAGAAACCAUCCCUGGUAUAGUGCAACCUUAUGGAGGGACAAAUGAUGCUUUGAAGAAACCUCGCAUAUUGAAGUCUACAAUAUUUCACCUGGAUGAGUUGUCGAUCCAGCUGUAUCCAACACUGGAGAAGUUCGAAGAAGAACUAGUGGAACUGCUUAAUGCAGACAGACUAAAUAAGAAUAACCAAAGCACUGAUGGGAACACAAUCAUUAUUCAGGAACGGAGGCUUCAAGUCGGUGUUCACAAUGGCUGGUGUUUUGUUCAGAAACCCCAAGUGACGGUUGUGAUUCCAAGUAUUACAAUGCGAGGAAAAUCUGGGAGUUUGAGACGUUCAUUCAGUCACAGGAGUCUCUCAGGCGAGAACGAAUCACUCAUCCUCAGGAGUCGCAUCCAACUGACUGAGAUGGUCCAUCACCCAGCAUUCGCUGUUGUUUUCCAGCUGGAGUAUGUGUUCUCAGUCCCCACUAUAACAGAUGGAAAGGCAAACACUGCUACCUCCUUUUCUGAGACUGCUUACAUGCACACGAUCCGGUGGGCUGUUUGGAAUCCUCCCUUGAAGGCUGCCACCUCGACAGUAACACUACCUCUUCAUGGAGGAUCGCUAGCCAAUCCCAACAAUCUGCUGGUUUACAAGGUGCCUUCCACAGCAAUGAGCUCAUUAGAGGUGAGACAAGUGGAGUCUGGCACCAUCAGCUUCCGAUUCGAUUGCCCUUCUAAAUCUCAAGCACGUAGCUCAGAGGAGGUGGCGACAACUGGGCCAGAGGAACCACUCCGUCCGACCACGCCCAUAGAGUCUCACUUAGAUAAAUCCAUUUCCGAUGUUGCUGGUCUGCAGGAAUCUCCACAAGGCCCAGGGUUGUCUCUCUCGCAGUUGGCUCUGUCAUCGCGGUAUUUGAGCAUCAGCCACUCAGACAGGAUAACCUUGCAGGAACAUUUUAGCUCUCAGCUUUCCCCCUUCUCUAUGACUUCAGUCCAAUACACUGGCAUUCCAGAAUCUCCAAUCAGCAGAACCAGAGGCACCGACACUGCUGCGGAACAAGGUUUUGACCAGUUGCGGGAACUGCCUUUCACACCAGUGCAUGCACCAGUCAUUGCCCUGGGGACACAGACACGCAGCAGGUCUGUGACUUCGAGAGCAGCUUUAGCACAGAUGCGUACUGUUGGAUUCCCUGAGAUCUUGGAUGAUAACAAAGAGCUCGCUGAGGUGCUUGACCCUCAGGAUGCUGCAAAUCUUAACCUGCAAAAAGAAGAAGCAGACUAUCUUCAGUGCAACGAAAUUAUUCUGCAAUUUCUGGCUUUUACCAGAAUUCCUCAAGACAGUCUUUGGCCUAGACUCAUUUAUUUCAGCUUUCAGUUCUAUCGCUUUCCACCAGUGAUAACCCGGCAGCUGCAGCUUGUGAAAGCAGGAAGUGUAGAAGCCUCAGGAAAUAUGCCUUUGAUCCUGAUACCUGUAAACAAAGACGGGAGCAUCAACACAGCAUCACCAGGGCUGGAGCUGAAAUACAUGGUGGAACCAAGCUUCCUGAAGCAAGGAGAGCAGCGCUGGUUUAUCCGCUAUCUGGCCAUGCAAACCCUUCAGAUCGAUGUAUGGGAUGCAGAAUCACUGCUUCUAAUGGGCUCUGCAGCAGUGGAGCUUAAGCAUUUAUUACGCCAGACCCGCUCUGCUGUGCAGGUAACCCAUGAGCUGGAGGUUAUCACCACAGAGUUCUCCCAAGAUGCACCAAUGCCUAGCGGUGACCUGACAAGGCACGGUGCCGUUAAACCUUUUGGAGUGACUACACUGACGAAAGGAAGAUUGCACAUGCGAUUGGGGAACAUUGGUCACGUGUCUGAGCAGCGGAAAAGUUCACAUUCUCUGCCUUCCUCCCACUCGCGAGUCAUCUCCUCCCAUGAAGGGCCUAGUGGAUUCCCUGGAGGCAGUUUGUCUAACCAAAAUGUGAAGGUUCUGAAGGCUCACAACACGUUCAGGGCACAGCGUCUGUCAGACCUGGACAGUGAGCUGGCCUCCCUGCUGGUCACCAGGCUGAAGGAGUCUAGUAUCUCAGUGCAGCAGGGCAGGAACGAGAUGGACGCUGUACGUCAGCGGAAACUGGAGAGGAUGUUGGCCGUGCGACAGUUUGAGUCCAGCAACAGCGCCAGCAGCUCCAGAAGCCACAUUCUGGGCAGACGUGAGGAGCGGAUUCAACACACCAGAGACUUGCAGAUAAUAGAAGCGUACCGCGAGCAAACCAAAACAGCGAGUAUUGUCAACAUGCUGCACCAGGCCAUCACCACCCAGUACACCAUGUACGCCACACUGGGCACCGCCGAAUUCUUUGAAUUUUCCUUGAAAAAUCCCCACAAUGUACAACACACGAUAACCAUUGAAUGUGAACACCCUGAACUCAGCAUCAUCAUAAACAGCAGAGAAUGGAGACACUUCAAGAACCUCACAAAUACCCUGACGCCUCUGGAGGAGGAUAUGUUCCUUGUUCAGGGAGGCAUCAUAUUCCCACAGGUUUACUUGCGGCCCAAGGAGACUGUCCAUAUUCCGUUCAAGUUUCAGACCUUCAGUGCUGACCACUAUGUGCCACCACAGGGUCCGUCUGAUCUCAGAUUGUGUAAAACCCCAAACGUUGGUAAUCAGCUGGAGUCCAACACUCUCUCAGCCAAGAAGAUCAGAGUCCAUUUUAAAACCGAAGAUGGUAAGCCGAUAGCCAUACUGCAGGUGAAUGUUGAAUCACAGCCAUAUGUCAUCGAUCAGACAUUCCGCUUUUACCAUCCUGAGUUCACCUUCCUGAAGAAAUCCAUUCGGCUCCCUCCGUGGCACACAAUGCCAGGUACUCACGUUCAAACACAGACUGAUGAGCUCCAAAUCAAUGUUCGCUGCAGUGAUUCUAAUAUCAUUUGUGAAACCAAGAAAAUGGACCGCAACGAGCCACAGGAUGUGUUCCUGAAAGUGUCCUGUGGUCCAAGCCCACAGAUUAACAAAUUCUUUAUCAUGGUUUACAUGGACCUGUGGCUGGCCACCCCCAUCCAGAUCUGGCAGUUCUAUAUACACUCCCUGAACCGGGUGGAUGUCAGCUGUGUGAUGGGGCAGCUCUCCCAGCUCUCACUGGUCCUACGAGGCACACAGGCGGUCAGAACGGUGGCGGCUUACACCUCCCACCCGCACGAGCUCCAGAUUGAGCCAUCAGGUGCCUUUGUACUUCCACCACACUCCGUCAAGGACCUACACCUUACUCUACGCCCCCAGAGAGAUGGCAACAGGUGCAUAUACCUAAAUGUGGUGGAUAUCGAGUAUCGGCAGCUGGUGGCUUCCUGGCUGAUGUAUGUAGCCUGUGGGCAGCCUUUUAUUUCCAAGGCUUUUGAGGUCACUAUUCCUGUCAGGGAAGGGAAGGGUUCCACAAAGCGAAUCAGUUACACCAACCUCUAUCCUACCAAGCGAGUGUUCUUCCUCAGGACUAACCGAGCAGACUUACUCCGGUACAAAGAGGACUAUUUUGAGGUGGGAGGUGGUGAGACUUACAGCAUUGGCCUGCGCUUCGCACCAGGCCAGGCCCCAGGAGUGGAGGAAAUACUGAUCUUCAUCAAUGACCAGGAGGAGAAGAAUGAGGCCACCUUUUGUGUCAAAGUUACUUACCAGUAAAACCCAAUACGGUAUCCAAUACUCUCGGCCUCCGCAAAUUAUACAUUGGCAGAGCUGAGCAGUGAUGAGGUGUUAGACUAAAGUGCAGCUGCCCAGCAAGGACAGGCCUCAUCCCCACUUAACACUGGAUAGAAUGUAAUGGUUGUGGGUUAUGCCUCAUGUUGGGACUUGAUCUCACAGUCAGGCUGACACUCCAGUACAGUACUUGGGGAGCACUACAUUGUCAGAGGUGCCAGAUUCUGGAUGAGGUGUUAAACUGAGGUCCCGUCUGUCUGUUCAGGUAAAUGUUAAAAGUCUCAGGACACUAUUGGAAAACAGAGAGAAUUUUCUGUCCUCUAGAUUAAUUAGUCUUUCGCCUCAUAGCUAUUUGUGCAAAUUUGAUGUGUUCAAAUCAGCUGCUGUAUUUGAUUACAAAAGCACUACACUUGACAAUAAUUACUUUUGUGAAGCACUUUGUGAUGUUGAAUCAUUUUAGGCUCUGGGUCGUAUGCAAAGAUCAACAAUUUAAUUUGUUACCUUAAACCGACCACCCAACAACUGGUUUGCAUUGAGCUCCCAUUGAUUCCUCUCUAACGUGUCAAAAAUCAAUCCAGAACCAACCCAACAAAAUGAUCGUUUAUGUCCAAUCAUCUAAAUUCUUGCGGGAGAGUAGGAGUGGAAGAGAGCUUUAUUCCAUGAUAGUCUGGCUGUGAGGUGUACUGCUGAAACUCACUGGAUUUUUCUUUUGCUGAAGUAAGUUCUAUUGUUUUUUUUAAAUAUCCCUCUAAAAUAUUUUUACGUUACUGAAUUUGCCAAUGUAUUAAAAUGAAACUAGUGGCAUUUUUAGAUUUUGCUGUGUUUCUUUGAAAUUAUUUAUACUUUUUAUAUAUUGAAAUGACAUGUUUGGUUACUCAUAACUUUAUACAAAUCUGUGACACAGACUUUUUCAUGUAACUUUUUAUGGCAAAAGAAUAAAAUCAGUAUCGUUUGUCUGUA